GAUUUUUGCUCGAGUCUGCACUUGGCCUAAAUGAAAAUCGCGCAUGCUCCACACAGCCUCCGAGGGAACCCUCCGGAGCUCCCUCAGUUGCCCGCUAAAGAGCGCUCCGUUGCAAACGAACCAUGAAAUAAUGGUGCGUGUUAUUCUCAUUAUGUUUUCACGGGAAAUGUUGACAAACACCCAUGAAUUCUCAUCUAGAAUAAACUAAAUAAUAAUAUAUCAAAUACGUGGGACAAUGAAGUUCUAUGUAAAUAAAUUAGCCGCUCAAUUUUCACUGCCGUGUUACAUAAAUUCCCUGUUUUGAUAGUGAAAUGUAUUUUUAUUAAUAAGAAUGGGCCAACCGAUCAGAACAUUUGUGGGAAGAGGCAAUACGGCGCAAAUACGAUUGCGUUAUGUUUUCUUGGUUGCUAUAGUAUUUGGCGGCAGUUUUCUGUUUAUAUUUAUCAACAAUGGAAUUGAUAUUUUGUUUUUGAACAACGAUAUCAACUCAGUAUGGAAAACACAUCGGUACGAAGUAGUGAGUCCUGACGAUACUUUCACGAUAAAAACCACAGGUUGCACUAUCCCAGGCUUGAACCCUUUCAGUGACGACAUCAAAAAGUUCAUUGACCGCCCCAAAAAUAUCAAACCGUGCCACCAAUCAAACAUAUCUUUACUCGACAAUAACGAAACACACAUAUGGAUUAUUAAAGAAAAUUUACAACAUUACUAUGUGCCUCAUAAUUCAAAUAUUUCAUGCUGUUAUCAAUCGUUCUAUCGACCGUUGGCUAUCGCAGAUAUUUCCUCUAUGGACGUAGACGAUAGAGUCAAAUAUGAAGCCUGCAUUGAAUUUUCAAACUCCAUAGAAGUGAUGAACGAAUUCGUGAAAGUAUCUUGCAUCUACAAGGAAGAAAUACUUUAUGAACAGUUUUUUCUCUUUACGCCCAAAAAACCAUUUCUGUCAUUCAAGGAAGACUUCUUGGAGAUCCCCCAAAAUCAAACAGGAUAUAAUGUCAUAAUAGUGGGCAUCGACGCUAUCUCGAGAUUGAACUUUUAUAGGACGAUGCCCAAAACGUUGUCUUAUCUAAAGAAGAAGGGUGCUAUUGAAUUUUAUGGCUACAACAAAGUUGGAGACAAUACCUUUCCCAAUCUGACUCCUAUUCUCCUUGGCAUGAAGGACACGGAUUUGAAGAAAACAUGCUGGCCGAAUAUGAGGGCGACAUUCGACAAUUGCCCUUUUAUCUGGGAUUCGUUCAAAGACGUCGGUUAUUACACAGCACUCGGUGAAGACACGGCCACUUUGGGCACGUUCAAUUUUGAGAAAUUUGGCUUCAGCCGCACUCCAACGGAUUACUACUUGCACACAUUCAUGCACGAAGCCGAGCGCUACACCGGCAACAACAGAGAUUUCAACUCAUACAUAUGCAUGGGAAACAAAUAUUUCUACAAAGUUUUAUUAGACUAUAUUGGAAAUUUAGCGAUGAGUCUCAAGACCUCCAAGUUAUUUGGAUUCUUUUGGGAAGUGACAAUGAGUCAUGAUUAUUUGAAUUAUCCGAUGGCUAUGGACAAUAAUUACGAAUUGCUUUUAAGAAAACUCGAUUACACGCGAUACUUGGAGGAUACGAUUUUAAUAAUUUUGAGCGAUCACGGCAUACGGUGGGGUGAAAUCCGAUUUACCAAACAGGGUAGACUGGAAGAGCGUCUGCCGCUAAUGCAUAUACUAUUGCCAGAUUCAUUUCGCAAGGACUUUUCGUUUGCCUACGAAAAUAUGAAACUGAACAGCCAUCGACUCACAACGCCGUUCGACGUGUACGCAACUCUGGUAGAUCUAAUAAAUGUAGAAAAAAUUAAAAAUGAAAACAUCAAAGCAAGAUCGGCGAGCAGUUACGCUUUUGACAGGAGCAUCAGUUUGUUUCUACCAAUUCCAAGCAAUCGCACAUGUAAAACGGCGGAUAUCGAUGAUCACUGGUGCACGUGUCACAAAGGACAGAAAAUAGCAAUAGAUAGCGCAGAGGCUUACGAGGCUGCGGCUAGUUUGAUGGAGAAUUUGAACACGUUGAUACACGGUCACCCACAGUGUUCUCGACUCACACUUUUAGAGUUAAUCGAAGUGACGGAAAUGUUAGCGGGGACGCCGUAUGAGAGUGAGAUAGGUUGGAGGGAAUUCUUGGUGGUAGUUCGGACUGCUCCUGGUAACGGAGUGUUUGAGGCGACUCUUCGGCACGACGCGCGGGACUGGUCGCUCGCCGGUUCGAUCAGCCGAUUAAACAUGUACGGCAAUCAGGGUCAUUGUAUUCAUCACUACCAGCUCAAAUUGUACUGUUAUUGUCAGAACGAAUGAAUGCAGUCGCAUAAAAUAUCAAAUAUCUGUGAUAAAAGGAUAGACAUAUUGAAUGCCUAUUUUUACUCAACUACGGUGAAGCCAAGAUGUUGUGAUUUUAGCUGUGUAUGUUUGUGUUUAUGUAAGUUCCUCUGUAUUGUUUAAUUUUGAUGAAUAAGCUGUUAUUAUGUCUAUAGGGCCGGGUAACAUAGGCUUAUUUUAACUGACUUCAACAACAAUACUGGCGACUAUUUCACUACAUAAUUAUUAUUAAUUUGUUAAAUGAUAUAAGCUGAUAGUUAACAUUGAAUUGUAACUUGCAAUAGGUAAGUACAUAUAAAAUUAGAGUAUCUCCAUCUGUCUAACUUUACAUAAAAUUAUACAAAUACCUAGGUAGAUAUAAUAAUUAUUAUUUGUGUCAUUAGUAACGUAACAAACUAAUCAUACCUCCUGCUCCUUUUUGGAAGUCGGUUAAAAAUUAACCACGGUUGUUAAAUAUAUGUAGGUAGUCACACAAAAUAUUUAUUAAGUAGUUUAGUAGUAUGUAGGCAACUAGUCUUUCCCAGUCAUAUUAUAUGUUAAGGUACUACACUCAGCUUCCAUAAAUAAGAAUAUAUUAACAAUAGGAAUAAGAUAUUUUUGUAGUGUACAUUUAUGUUAAAGUUGGAAGACAAAGGUACUAAUUAUUAAGUUCAGUAAUAAUGUAAUUAGAUAUAUGUAUUUAAAUUGAAGGUUUAACUAAUUAGGUAUCUGUAUGUAAGUUAGAUAUCACGUGUCUCAAACGGUAAAGGGAAAACAUCCUGAAGAAACCUGCAUACUUGA